UUAGUCGCAGCUUAAUGCGAAACACACGCGUCUACGAACUCGCUCCUCCGCCCUGCCAUACGCCGCGAUAACUAGUGACAACUUUAAGAGCGAUAACGAUAACAAAGUGCUGAUAAAAGUAUAUAUCAAAAUCAACACACAUAUGUGCAUACAGCUAGAUUGAAGUUUGUGUCCUAAGUCUUCUGUUGUGCGAGAGCAAUCAACAGCCAAUUAGUGGAUUACAACAACAAAAAGAACAACGCACACGCCUAGCAACAGCUUGUGCAAAUAUUUGCACUUUUGACGACACUUAACGACUCUUUCCUACACACACAUACACACGCACACCAACACAUACGGAGCAGCGGACAGGAAACGUCUUAAGAACGCACUCAAUGUGGGCAUAAAACGUCAAACUACACUUGAGCAUUGCGAAAGAUUGACCGCAACGCACAGUUACGAGUUACGUUUAGGUUAUUGUGUGUGCGUCUUUUUUUGUUGGGGUAAAAGGCAGGGUAACUAGCAUUUAAAUAGCUAAACAAAAGCCAAAUAAAGCUAAACAUAAUCAAAGCAAACACCCACCGCUGGCGGCGCAACAACAAACACACAACAAAAUGCUGAUAUCAACUGUCUCCACAGACUCCGUCAUGACGGCCACAAACAACGAUGGUGGCACACAGCCGAAUCCGGUGACCGUUUGGGGUGCGCCCGCGGCUGGGCCGAGGAACACACAGGCGGCGGUAUCAGUGCGACACGCCUUUAAGGCCUAUGGCAAGAAGAAGAACGCUAAUCAAGUGUUGAACAAUUUGAAUAUGACAGUGCCUAAGGGCACAAUCUAUGGCCUGCUGGGUGCCUCCGGCUGUGGCAAGACCACUCUGCUCUCCUGCAUUGUGGGUCGUCGCCGUAUGGAUGCCGGCGAGAUCUUUGUGCUGGGCGGCAAGCCGGGCACACGCGGCUCAGGCGUGCCCGGCAAGCGUGUGGGCUAUAUGCCGCAGGAGAUUGCGUUGUACGGCGAAUUCUCUAUACAAGAGACCAUGAUGUACUUUGGGUGGAUCUUUGGCAUGGAGACCAAGGAGAUAUUGGAGCGCUUGCAGUUUUUGCUCAACUUUCUCGAUCUGCCUUCGGAAAAGCGUCUCGUGAAGAAUCUGAGCGGUGGCCAGCAGCGACGCGUCAGCUUUGCUGUGGCUCUCAUGCAUGAUCCAGAACUGUUGAUUCUGGAUGAGCCCACAGUGGGCGUAGAUCCGCUGCUGCGACAGAGUAUCUGGAAUCACUUGGUGCACAUCACCAAGGCGGGCCAAAAGACGGUGAUCAUAACCACCCAUUAUAUCGAGGAGGCGCGCCAGGCGCACACGAUUGGUCUGAUGCGUUCUGGCCACUUGCUGGCUGAGGAGUCGCCCAGUGUGCUGCUGACCAUGUAUAAGUGCAUUAACCUCGAGGAGGUCUUUCUCAAGCUGUCGCGCAUCCAGAGCCAAAAGGGCGAUGUGACCCAUGUGAAUUUCAGUAACAACAUCUCGUUGCAUGCCAUGGCCUUUGGCAGCAAGAUGGAUAAACCCAGCUCCAGUCAGGAAGGCGGCGUCGUGGGUCUGAAUUUCCAUCAGAGUAAGGAGGUGCUGAUCAAUGAUAGCAAUGGCUCCAUUUACACGCUGAACCAGGAACCGUACAGUCCGCCGCCUUCGAAGCGCCAGAACAAUCCCAACGAUGAGGAAAGCUGCCAGGAUUGCUUUGCGGAUCUGUGCAAGGUCACCUCUAAGGGCAAGAUACGCGCUCUGCUGACCAAGAAUAUGCUGCGAAUGUGGCGCAACGUGGGCGUCAUGUUGUUCAUCUUUGCGCUACCCGUGAUGCAGGUUAUACUCUUCUGUUUGGCCAUUGGACGCGAUCCACAGGGCCUCAAUUUGGCCAUUGUCAACAACGAAAUGAACAACACGGAUACCUGCUUCUGGGAGGAUGGCUGUCACUUUGCCAAUCUGGGUUGUCGCUACUUGAAUCAUUUGAACACAAGCGUGGUGAAGAGGUAUUACACGGAUAUAGAGGACGCCAAGGCGGCGGUGCGACGGGGCGAGGCUUGGGGCGCUGUGUACAUUACGGAGAACUUUACGGAUGCGUUUACGGCGCGCGCUGCCUUGGGCCGGGACUCAGACGACGAGACAAUUGAGCAGUCCGAGGUGAAGGUGUGGCUGGACAUGUCCAAUCAGCAAAUUGGCGUCAUGCUCAAUCGUGACAUACAGCUGGCCUAUCGUGACUUUGCCAUGGGCCUGCUCGGCCAGUGCGGUAACAAUCCAAAAUUGGGCGAUGUGCCCAUACAGUUCAGGGAACCCAUCUAUGGCACAAUGAAUCCAUCCUUUACCGAUUUCGUUGCACCUGGCGUGAUAUUGACCAUUGUCUUCUUCUUGGCUGUGGCAUUGACGUCAUCCGCGCUGAUCAUCGAACGCACUGAGGGCCUGCUGGACCGCUCUUGGGUUGCCGGCGUCUCACCCGGCGAGAUUCUCUUCUCGCAUGUCAUCACCCAGUUUGUGGUCAUGUGCGGUCAGACAACGUUGGUGCUCAUCUUCAUGCUGGUCGUCUUUGGCGUAACCAACAACGGUGAACUGUUCUGGGUGAUUGUUUUGACGCUGCUCCAAGGCAUGUGCGGCAUGUGCUUUGGAUUCCUCAUCUCCUCCAUUUGCGAACUGGAACGCAAUGCAAUACAGCUGGCACUGGGCUCCUUCUAUCCCACGCUGCUGCUGUCCGGCGUUAUUUGGCCCAUUGAGGGCAUGCCUGUGGUGCUGAGAUACAUCUCGCUGUGCCUGCCGCUGACGCUGGCCACAUCCUCGCUGCGCUCCAUAUUGACGCGCGGCUGGGCGAUAUACGAGUCCGAUGUGUACAUUGGCUAUGUGAGCACGCUGUCCUGGAUUUUGGGCUUUCUGGUGCUGACGAUGCUGGUGCUGCGCUCCAAGCGCGGCUAGAGUGCGCCGGGCGCGGGGUUCUUAAGUUUUAGAAAACUAAUUUUAAAUGCGUCAAACUUAAUUAGUUUGCGUUUAGACUAGGCCGCUUUUAGUAGUCAUCCCCUGUCUGCCCCUUCUCCCGUAAGCCACCACCCCCACACACUUAACACACCUCUUAAAAAUUCGGAGGUUCUAGCGUGUUUCCAGCUCUUUGCUUUAUUUUCUGUCUUUUUCACUUUUCAAUCUGCCUAAAUGUCAUAAAUUAUUUAAGCACACAUGCUACUUCUUCUUCUUACUAUGUUUCAUUCCUUGCAAACUUUUCCUUAAUUUAAGUUGUGCACAUUUUUUGUAGUUUAAUUCAUAAGGUUUAGGUACAUAAAUCAAUUGUUGUAAAUAUUUAGAAUCUGCAACGUUAUCACACGGCAAAACCAACAAUGGAACCCCCAAUAGUUAGUGACGUCUCGAGCGUCAAAUAAUUUCGCAAGACACUUUCUGAAAUUCAUAUUCUUAAAAAAAAAAACAAAUAGAAAAAAAACAAACAGAAAAAAAA